UGUCUCCAAUGGCCACUGCCGCCGUGCGCUCUCUACAUGGAUGAAGAAGAGGCGAAGGCGGCGGCGGCGGCAUCGCGACAGCAGCAGCAGCAGCGGCUACGGCGGCUACAGUAGCGUUUUAGUUGUGGGUUUUUUUCUGGCCGAGUGGACCUGCGGGUGAGACGGCGCGGCGGGUCGGCGCGUGAGCGAGCGCGCCGAGGGCGGAGGAGGAGGGCGAGGAGGAGAACUUCAGCACCACGCCCGACCGCUUUUCUCUCCCGAGUGGCAACGUUUACACACCGCACCAGUGGCUGGCCACCGGCCCCGCUACCCUCACCAUGAACGUGGUAAAGAGGAUGAUGACGCGGCAGAGGCCGGAGGAGCAUCCGCCAUCGGCGUCGUCGCAGGACAAUGCGCUGGGCCUCAUGCACCUGCGCCGCCUCUUCCUCGAGAUGACUACAACCUCCCGGCCCGUCACUCAGAAGGAGCAGGAGGAGAAGCUCUACAUGAUGCUGCCGCUCUUCAACAAGGUGUUUGGCGAGGCUCCUCCCACCUCGAUGGCCGAGCGCUUCUCCGACCUGCUGCAGUUCGCCACGCAGGUGUCUCGGCUCAUGGUGACCGAGAUCCGCAGGCGAGCCUCCAACAAGUCCACUGAGGCAGCGAGCUGCGCCAUCGCCCAGUUUCUGGAGAUUCACCAGAGUGAGGAGAGCAGCCGCGGGUGGAUGCUGCUCAAGACCCUCAAGCUACUCGCAGCCUCGGGACAGAAAACCGUCGACUGCAUGACCACCAUGUCGCUGCCGUCCACGCUUGUCAAGUGCCUCUACCUCUUCUUUGACCUGCCCCCCCCUGGGGGGCCCAGCCGGGCCACAGCGGCGGGGGGCACGGCCGCACCCCCCGUCGCCACCGCUGCCGCCACUCCGGCGGGGGCAGGGGCGCCGGUGCCGGCGCCGGGCUUGGCGAACCAGACCGACGUGUCGUGCUUCGAGCGCCGCGCGGCGCUGCAGAAGGUGUUCGGGCAGAUCCUGGUGCGGCUGUGUCGCUUCGUGUCCCCGGCCGAGGAGUUGGCGCAGAAGGACGACCUGCAGCUGGUGUUCACGGCGCUCACGUCGUGGUGCCCGGCACACAACCUGGCGUGGCGGCAGAGCGCCGCCGAGGCGCUGCUCACGCUGGCGCGACACGGCCUCAGCACCAACGUGCUCAAGUACCUGCACGACAAGGAGUGCGUGGGGCUCUGCCUGCAGACGAUGCGUCAGUCGAGCGAGCUGAGCCUGGCGGAGCUGCUCGAGAUCCUUGUGAGCCUCCUGUGCUUCCUCAAGGACUCGAGCGAGGUGUCGCACAGCCUCCUCGACGACUUCCGCUGCUGCCAGGGCUACCAGUUCCUCUGUGACUUCAUGCUCAGGCUGGAGCAGGCGGAGGAGGAGGGUGCACGGGACGGGCUGCGCAACCUCGUGCUGCUGGUGGCCUCGCUGUCCACGUGCGGAGCGGCCGAGCUGCGUCCAUCUAGCAGCCUGACGAGCGGCGUGCCGUACCUCCUGCCGGGCUUCACCGUGCCGCAACCGCUCGGCAAAGGCAUGAGCGUGCGCAACCUACAGGCGUUCGGCGUGCUGCAGUCGGCCUUCAUCAAGGCCCACACGACCCACCUGUGCGGCACCAUCCUAGACGCGACAUCCAACCUCUUCACCUCCGACCCGGCCAACUUCUUCAUCCUCGAGUCCCAGCGGCCGCUGCCGCAGUUCGUGGAGCGGCUGCAUGCGAAGCCGGCACGCGUACAAGAGCGCUUCUUCCAGCUGCUCGAGUCCGUGGUCUUCACCUUGGACUACGUGCCCUGCAAAGAGCUCAUCGGCGUCAGCAUCCUGCUGAAGGCCGGCGAGUCGCUGGGCUGCAGCGUGGCGGCCGUGCGCUCGCUGGCACGGCUGCUGGCGCGACACCCCGAGACUUUCCGCGAGGUAUUUCGCGAUGUCGGAAUCCUGGAGGCGCUGGUCACCUGCCUGCACCGCUACGCCGCACUGCUCAAGGAUCCCUCGCAGCAAGCCCCCGGCGGCGUCGGUGGUAGUGGUGGUGGUUAUGAUGGAACAGCCGCUGGUACUGCCACUGCCGCUUCGGAGGAUCAAAGGGAGCUGGCGUGGCUCGUUAUGGACACGCUGACAGAACUGCUGCAUGACUCCAACAACAACGCAGGAGCGUUCCGCGAGCUGGGUGGAGCGCGCUGCGUGCACAACAUCGUACGCUACGCCGAGUGCCGGGCGCUGGCGCUGCGCGUGGUGCAGCAGCUCGUGCUGUCGGCGUGCGGCGACGAUGAUAUGGGCACGCUGCUUGGGUUCAUGCACACGGCCGGGCCCAGUGAGAUCACGCUCAAGUCUGACAUCCUCGCCGCCCUCGUGGAGGUGCUCACCGGAAGUCAUCGCGCGCGCACCGUCUUCCGCAAGGUGGGCGGCUUCGUCUAUGUCACCUCGCUGCUCGUCGCCAUGGAGAACUCGCUGAACGCUAGCCCCGGUGCUUGCUGGGAGCAGGCCGACGAGGGGGAGGUGUUCGGCCUGCUCAGGGCCACGUUCCGCACGCUCACGGCCGCCAUGCACUCGGAGCCGGCCAACGCGCGCUUCUUCGCUCGAGAGGUGCAGUACGACAAGCUGGCCGAGGCGCUGAGGCUGCUGGGUUGCUUCACGGGGGGGCGGCAGCUGGCGGGGGCGACAGCCGCCCUCUCCGGCUGUUCCCACGACGCGCUGCCCCAGCCCGAUGCCGCAGGCCCCACACUGCCGUUCUCCUCCCACGAUGCCUUGCUGCUGCCGGAAGGCGGCACUGGCUGUGGGUCGGGGGAGCGCGUGUCUCCGUCGCUCAAGCACUGCGGCAGGCUGUUUGUGUAUCUCUACCACAUGGCCACGGACUCGUUUGAUGGGUCCACCAUGAACACGUCCUCCACGGACAUUCAAGUUGUCCACCCGGGAGCUGUGCUGGCCAUGGUGGACCUACUGCCCUCCAUUCCAUACGAGGAGCAGCCCCAGCAGGCGCUGGAGCUGCAGCUGCGUCUGGCUGGGCUGCUGCAGCUGCUGUCGCCGGGCGAUGCGGCGCAGCAGGUGUUGUGUCGCGCGGGGCUGCAGGGCGCGCUGGUGCGACGCUGCGGCCCGGCUCUCGCCGAUGAGGCUCACCCGCUGCACGCGCCGCUCCAGCGGCUCUUUGAGCGGCUCGCGUCGCAGGCCAUCGAGCCUGCCGAGCUACGAGAGUUCCUGCGGCUGGGGAACCCGCUGAGCUGCCUGGUGUGGGACAGCAGAGCGGCCACCGUGUACCGGCUCCACCGCCUCAACUCCAGCUCCUCCUCCUCCGACAGCGACGGCGUCGCGGCCCGCAUCUUGGGAGACAUUGCCGAGUGCCCCAACGGGGUUCCGGGCUCCGAAUCUCCGCAGCAGCAGCAGCAGCUGCAGUUGCAGCGCUGGCACCGGGGGCUGCUGCUGCUGCGGCCGCUGGACUCUGUGACCGUGCCGCUGACGCGCGUCAAGUGCCUCGUCUCCAUGACGACGCCGCGCGAUGUGCGCAGCAGCGGAAGCGGCAGCACGCCGCCCUUCGUCGAGUUCGACAUGGCCCCCGAAGGCUUCGGCUGCCUGUUCCUGCCCAGCUUGGCGCCACAGAACGCUCAGCCGGGCUCAGCGGGGGGCUCGGGGGGCACCGGGGACAGUGCCGUCACCAGCGGCAUCGGCACAGGCGAGCGCCUCUUCCCGCCAGCGUCGGGCCUCUCCUUCUCGGCGUGGUUCUGCGUGGAGCGGUUCUCCCCGCCGGGCCGGCCUCCCCACCCGGUGCGCCUCCUCACGCUGGUGCGCCGCGGCGUCGGCGCGGAGCUGCAGCACGUGUGCCUCACCGUGACGCUGUCGGCGCGCGACCGCUCGCUCGUCGUGUCCACGCGAGAGGAGCCGCUCCACGGCCUGGUGGAGGACCCGGCGGAGGAGAGCUCCUCGUAUGAGAUUCUGCCAUCGCUCGCUCGCUUCCGCGUGGCCGAGCUGGCGCAGGAGGGCGUGUGGCACCACCUGGUGCUCACCCUGGGUCGCGGAGUGCUCAAGAACAGCACCGCCACGCUCUACCUCAACGGGCAAACUGCCGGCUCCGCCAAGCUUCACUACGUGCGCUCCUUCCCGGGUGGCUCGGCAAACCCGCCGGCCGGCCUGUCGGUGUUUGGCUUCAUCGGCACGGUGCCCUCGCAGCGCGACGCCGGGCCCCGGCUCCUGGGCGCACCGCACCUCGUGUGGCGCCUUGGCCCCACAUACCUGCUGGAGGAGGUCGUGACCCCGGCAGCUGUGGCCACCAUAUUUGAGCUGGGCUCGAGCUACGUGGGCAGUUUCCAGGCCGUGGGAGCCUCGAACCCCAAAGACCCCAAGGCCGAGGGCAGCCUUGGGCCCCUGGUGGUCGAGGAGAGGGUCUCUCUGGGCCUCAACGCGCUGUCCGAGUCCUCACUGACCGUCGCGCGCAUCCGCAAGGUCUACAACCGCGCCGACAGCAAGGCCAUCGCCAAACAGCUCGGCCUGCUGUCCCACGAGAACGCUACCCCGAUUCGGCUGCUCUUCAACACAGCGUGCCACCUCACCGGGCCGGCACGCACCAUCGGAGCCGCCCUCCUCGGCUACCUCGGCGUGCGCACGUUUGUGCCGCGCCAGCUCGCCAGCACCUUGCAGUACGUGGGCGGCGCAGCGGCCAUCCUGGGCCUGGUUGCCAUGGCGGCGGACGUGGAAGGCCUGUACGCGGCCGUCAAGGCCCUGGUGUGCGUCGUCAAAAGCAACCCACUCGCCUGCAAGGAGAUGGAGCGCAUUCGCGGCUACCAGCUGCUCGCCAUGCUGCUCAAGAGGAAGCGCUCGCUGCUCAACAGCCACAUCCUGCACCUGACCUUCUCGCUGGUCGGCACGCUGGACAGCGGGCGAGAGACGAGCCUCAUCCCCAACCCCGCUGGCUUCCAGGACCUGCUUUGCGACCUCGAGGUCUGGCUCCAUGCACCCUACGAGCUCCACCUGUCUCUGCUGGAGCACUUUGUGGAGCUGCUUACUGAGUCCAGUGAGGCGACCCGUAACGCUCGGCUCAUGCGUGAAUUUGGGCUCGUUCCGCGGCUGCUGCUGACGCUGCGCGACGCUUCGCUGUCACGCGCCUCCGUGGGCGCCGUGGCCAGCGUGCUGCGCCUCCUGCUGCAGGCCUUCCCCUCGCCCGGCGACCUGCUGCGCUUCGGUCACUUCCUCGCCGCCACGCUGCCCCCACACCUGCUCAGCGAGAAGGCGCUAUGCCCCGACAGGGACGAGCAGCAGCAGCAACAACAGCAGGACUUUGGCUGGGAGGAAGAGGUGGCGGGUCAGGGGGGGGCACGCACUGUGUGGCUCAGGAACCAGCUGCUGGAGACGCUCCUCGCGCUGCUGACGCACGGUGCCCGCGACAAGAGCGCAGUCAGCCUCACGGCGUGCGAGGACGUGAUCAGGACGCUGGGCUUCGACUGGCUGCUGCUCUUCACGCAGGGCCACCUGCACCCCAGCACGGUGCUCGCCAGCAUGCGCGUGCUGCUCGCGCUGCUGUCCCACCCCUCGGUGCUGGCGCGCUUCCGCGAGGGUGCCCCGGGGGGCGGCUGGCUCGACCACACUGAGCCUGUGCUCACCAACAAGAUCGGUUCCGUGCUGGGCAUCAAUGUAGGCCGCAGUGGCGGGCGCUCGAGCGUGCGCGAGAUCAACCGCGAGGCGUGCCACGUGCCGGGUUUCGCCGUGCUGCAGGCCUUCCUGCCGCGCCACACCGCCGUGCCACAGCUCUACUUCCUGCUCAUGGCGCUGCUGCUGCAGCAGCCCAUCGCCCGCCUUCCCGGCGACCUCAAGUUUGACCUGGACUCGAUCUGGACGUUCAUCUUCGGGGUCCCCGUGAGCGAUUCCUCCGGACUGGCAGCAGUGGCGCCCAUCAAUGGCAUCUGCCCUGAGGCUGCUAUUCUCCUGCUGUCCAUGUUGCGCAGUAUGCUGAACCAGCCAUGGCAGUCGGAGGAGGAGGGCUCGUGGCUCAGGGAGUACCCGGUCACGCUGCUGCAGUUCUUCCGCUACCUCUACCACAACGUGGCCGACAUGGCGUCGCUGUGGAGCAGCCCUGACUUCCUCUCGGCGCUGGCGGCGACGCUCUUCCCUCUGCACAGCCGCCCUGUCUCGGAGAUGUCGAGUGACUUUGAGGACAUCCUGGACGUGGGCUCUCCGGCUGACGAGUACAAGUCGAUAGUGGGGCCGGACGGGGGCGGCCUCAACCGCAGCCAGUCGGAGUCGGUGAGCGUGGCCGGAAAGGCCCUGCUGGCGAGCCACCCGGCUCGCAAGAUCGUCCUGGACUUCAUGCGCGUCAUCGUGGUGGACAACCUGUGCCUGCUGCCGGCCUCCAAGCAGACGCUCGCCCUUGACGUGUUGCUUGAGGCGUCCCCUGACCGCUCGACCAAGGCGCAGCAGAAGGAGUUCCAGACUGACCUCAUUGUUGGGGUCAUGGAGCAUCUGCUGGCGGCUGACGUGUUGCUGGGCGAGGAUGCAUCCAUCCCGCUGGCGGCCGGCGGGAGCUACUCGACGCUGGUCGCCAACACGCUGUACGUGGCGCAGAGGCUGGUGGACAAGCUGUGGCAGGGCAUGUACGCCCGUGACUCCAAGCAGGUGGUCGACUCCCUGCUGCAGCUCAUCACGCAGUCCAAGCGCAAGGCCCCGGGCCUGUCGGCGGACAUCCUCUACCAGUGCCUGAACCGCAGCGUGCUCUACCAGCUGUCGCGGCCCCACCGCACCGUCUCGCAGCAGAUCUCCCUGCUGGACGCGCUGCGCACGCUCACCACGCAGCGCGCGCUUAUCUUUGGCGCACACAACCCCGACCCAGAGUUCCUGGGCUGCCUCGUCUACUGCCUCAUGCAGCUCUACGCGGGCAGCCACCCGGACGGGUUUGGCCUGGAGGCGGAGGGUCGUAUGACCACGUGGCACGUGACCCUGGCUCCUGAGCUCGAGUCAGACCGAUGUCACGGCCCAGACACGAGUGAAGGGCGGCAGCUGUUGCUGAAGGCAGUGCGGCGCGUGUGGGCCGAGCUGAUGGUGAACCGGCGCCAUGCCGUGGAAGACUGGUUUCGCGUGUCGCUGCCGAACAGCGAGACUAGCGGCGUCGACAUCACCGCCGCACGCAGCAUUCUGGAGGAGCCGGCCUCCAAGUGCUGGCAGACACACCUUGCCCAUGAGAAGAAGCUGAUUGGCCGGGGCGAGGCGGCCGUGGGCUCGGCCGUGCAAUCGAAGCUGUACCGCGUGAGCAGCGGCUUCGCGCUCUCGGUGCUCACCGGCGGCCGCAAGUACCGCAAGGAGGCCGGCGCCGGCCGCGCCGCGGCGCCCUCUCUGCAGGACGCCACGGGCUGGAUGUUCACCCACGUGGCGGUCGUGCGUGACCUCGUCAGCUUCCAGCACCGCCAGCACGUGGAGCGCCAGCAGAAUGCGCAGCGCUACGUGUCGGAGGAGUUCAGCCAGCUGGAGGGGGAGCUGACACGCGAGCGGGGGCUCUGGGGGCCCCCCGUGGGCUCGCACCUCGACAAGUGGAUGCUGGACAUGACGGAGGGGCCGUGCCGGACGCGUAAGAAGAUGCUGCGCAACGACAUGUUCUACGUGCACUACCCGUACGCGCCCGACGGGGAGCCGUCGUCCCCGGCCGCCGCAAGUCAGCACCGACCGGGGAAGUACCGGCGCGCCGUGAGCCACGACAGCAAGGAGUUCUACAAGCGGCGCUCGGCGUGCGGCGCGCUCGAGUCCGUCGCGCCGGAGGAGGCGGCCGAGGUGGACGGCGCGCCGCCCGACAGCGAACAGCACGGCGGCAGCGGCGGCGACGACACCAUCGCACGCGUCAGGGGCAUCGUGAAGGCGCCCCUGCGGCGCUCGCGCUCCGUUCCGGACCCCAGCGAGGAGGAGGGCUCCGAGGGCGGCGCCGAGAUGCAGGGCGACGCGGUCGGAGGAGAGAGCGAGGAGAAGACCGACAAUCAGACGGUGUUGCGGCUCCUGGAGGAGGGAGAGAAGAUCUGCCACCUGUACCGCUGCGCGCGGGUACAAGGUCUGGACACGAGCGAGGGGCUGCUCCUCUUCGGCAAGGAGCACUUCUACGUCAUCGACGGCUUCACGGUGACGGCCACGCGAGAGAUCUGCGACAUCGACCACCUGCCCGCCAGUGAACAAGACGCCAUCAUCCCCAAGGGCUCGCGCCAGGGCCCAUGCCAGCUCAAGAGGACGUGCAGCAAGUUCGCCUACGAGGACGUGCGCGAGGUGCACAAGCGGCGCUACCUCCUGCAGCCAAUCGCAAUCGAGGUUUUCUCCAGCGACGGACGGAACUACCUACUCGCCUUCCCAAGGGGCAUCCGCAACAAAGUCCACCAGAGGUUCCUGUCGGUGGUGCCGUCUCUGGCCGACAGCAGCGAGUCCGUCUCUGGGCAAAGGCCCAACACCAGCGUGGAGGGGACCGGCUUGCUCAGUACGCUGUGGGAGAAGUCUGUGACUCAGCGAUGGGAGCGCGGAGAGAUCAGCAACUUCCAGUACCUGAUGCACCUGAACACGCUGGCCGGGCGCUCUUACAACGACCUUAUGCAGUACCCUGUCUUCCCCUGGAUCUUGGCCGACUACGACUCCGAGGAGCUGGACCUGAGCAAUCCACGCACGUUCCGCGACCUCUCCAAGCCGAUGGGUGCCCAGACGGAGGAGCGGCUUGCUCAGUACCGCAAGCGCUACCGCGACUGGGACGACCCCACCGGAGAGACGCCAGCGUACCACUACGGCACGCACUACUCGUCGGCCAUGAUUGUUGCGUCGUACCUGCUGCGCAUGGAGCCAUUCACUCAGACCUUCCUCCGCCUGCAGGGAGGACACUUUGACCUGGCCGACCGCAUGUUCCACAGCGUGCGCGACGCCUGGUUCUCAGCCUCCAAGCACAACAUGGCCGACGUCAAGGAGCUCAUCCCCGAGUUCUUCUACCUGCCCGAGUUCCUGCUCAACAGCAACAACUUUGACCUGGGCUGCAAGCAGAACGGCAUCAAGCUGGGCGACGUGCUCCUCCCGGCCUGGGCCAAGGGAGACCCGCGCGAGUUCAUCCGCGUGCACCGCCAGGCUCUGGAGUGCGACUACGUGAGUGCGCACCUGCACGAGUGGAUCGACCUGGUGUUCGGCUACAAACAGCAGGGCCCCGCCGCCGUGGAGGCCGUCAACGUGUUCCACCACCUCUUCUACGAGGGCCAGGUGGACAUCUACAACAUCAAUGACCCGCUCAAGAAGACCGCCACCAUCGGCUUCAUCAACAACUUCGGGCAGAUCCCCAAGCAGCUCUUCCGGAAGCCGCACCCCCCGAAGCGCGUGCGUUGCCGUGGAAACGGCGAGAACCCCGGCGCGACCCCGACGGCGGGGGGUGGCAGUGGGGUCCCAGACCGCCUCUUUUUCCAUCACCUUGACAACCUGAAGCCGUCCCUUGCGCCCGUCAAAGAGCUCAAGGAACCUGUGGGUCACAUCGUUUGCACGGACAAGGGCGUCUUGGCCACCGAGCAGAACCGCACACUGCUCCCGCCGCAGUUCAACCGCACGUUCUCCUGGGGCUACGCAGACCUCAGCUGCAAGCUGGGCAGCUACGAGUCGGAGAAGUGCUGCGUGGUGUUUGAGUGCCUGUGGGAGUGGGGCCACGUGCUGUGCGCCGUGUGCCCCAACCCGCGCCUUGUGGUCACGGGGGGCAGCAGCACGGUGGUGUGCGUGUGGCAGCUGGAGCAGGGUGGCACCAAGGAGCGCGCCCGCCUCACGCUCAGACAGCCGCUGUAUGGCCACACGGACGCUGUCACGUGCCUGGCCGCGUCGCCCGCCUACCACAUCGUGGUGAGCGGCUCGCGCGACCAGACGUGCUGCGUGUGGGACCUCAACAAGCUGACCUUCGUCACGCAGCUGCGGGGCCAUCGGGCCCCCGUGUCGGCGCUCUGCAUCAACGAGCUCACCGGAGACAUCGUGUCGUGCGCCGGCACGCACGCGUUUGUGUGGAGCAUCAACGGCGACCCCGUGGCGAGCGUGAACACGUGCGCGGGUGGACGCAGCCAGCACAUCCUGUGCUGCUGCGUGUCCGAGACAAGCGAGUGGGACCCGCACAACGUCAUCGUCACGGGCCACUCGGACGGGGUCGUGCGCAUGUGGCGCAUGAAGUUUGUCCAAGUUCCAGAAAUCAUCGCACAGGACGAGACGAGGCUCUCGGAGAGGCAGCCGCUGCCCUCCACACUGCAGCCUAUCGUGACGGACGGUGCAGAUGAUGAGAGCAGCGAGUCCGAGGGGGACGAGUGCAGCAGCUCCGCGGACGCCCGCAGCAACCGCUCGGCAUCGCCACGGCAACCACGCGGCACGGAGCGGCACAGCGCGCCCUGGAGCACGGGCGACGCGAAGGUCCCGGCCUCGGACGACCCCAAGCGCUGGUCCCAGAACCUGAGCGUGGAGGAGAGCGACGGCUACGUGCUGGUGAGCUACGGCGACGGCGCCGCCCUGGGCCGCCCCGCAGACCCUGCGCGCUCCCGCGCCAGCUCCCAGGCGAGCUCCGAGGCCUCUCCUGAAAACCAGGCGCUGGCGCAAUCACAGCCGCAGCCUCCGCCGGAAACGCAGAGCCCGGCGAGCAAGCUGAAGUCGGGUUUCUGCUGGGAGCGGCAACUGGUGCUGUGCGGGAGGCUCACGAUGCACACGGCGUUCGACCGCAAGGACAACGCUCAGCCGGCCGAGGUCACCGCCCUCACCAUCUCCAAGGACCAGAGCCGCGUGCUGGUGGGCGACGCGCGAGGCCGCGUGUUCAGUUGGGCCGUGAGCGAGAGCCCCGGCCGCACGGCCGCCGACCACUGGGUGCGCGACGAGGGCGGCGACGCGUGCGCCGCCUGCGCCACGCGCUUCUCCAUCACCGAGCGCCGGCACCACUGCCGCAACUGCGGGCAGCUCUUCUGCCAGAGGUGCAGCAAGUACCAGUCGGAGAUCCGGCGGCUGAAGCUGAUGUCGCCGGUCCGGGUGUGCCAAGCUUGCCACGCCAGCCUGCAGGCAGAGCGCGGCGGUGGCACUGCAGGCGGUGGCGGCAGCGGCGGCGGCAGCGGCGGGGACGGCGGCGAGCGUGGCCGCGUGGCCACGUGAUGGCCGCGUGGCCACUUGAUGAUGCGCCACCGCGUCGUGCCGGACAGAACGCUGCUGGCCCUGCCUCGCCGGCGGUGUCUCCCUGUAACCCACGGUUGCCCCGUACUUCGCGCGAUCGGCGGAGGGGGUGCGGUGGGCAUGCGGUUCUUUUUUACGCCCAAUUAUAUUCCAGUUGUCGUGGCAUCGGCGUCACGUCGAGGCGUUUCCAUGCGGAACUCUGGCGGCGAGCAGAGCAACGUCGCGCCGCAGAGCAGAACAGCCGCGGAGGAUGAAGUCACGCGGCUUCACGUGAAGUCACCCAGGUCGCUCGUGCGAAUGAGACCGUCCUCGUCGCGUAGGGUCUCGUUUGGUCAAACAAAUAAACUUGAAAUCCCUUCGAUUGCCCCCUCGCCCGUGCCAGGCGGCGCUCCCUCCUGCCCUGUCGCCAGCAGUCGUCGUGUUUGGAAAACCUAAAGCUGAAAUUUUCUGAAUUGAAACCAAAAAAUGUUGACGCAAAUUGAUCUUUUCGGUGAACGCGUCAACUCCCCACACUUGACGACCGUUUCCACGCAGGCGGCUGAAAUCCGGUGGGAGCUCGGUGGGUCUCCAGUGGGCCACCCUGAACCACCCAGAGCCACCCAGCAGCUGUUUCCUAACAUAAUUCCCCCGUUGACGGGCUAAGAUGGGACAGGAGAGAUAAUUCCCAAUUGUUUGUUAAACAUUUUUUUAUCGUUUUAAAAAAUUAUGGUAUGCUGGUCGUGAGUGAUUUUUUUAUUUUAUUUUUAUUUAUCUGCUGCUGGGAAAGGCACCGACCUGGCAUCGCUGGGAGGAGAUGACAAAAUAAACGCACACGCACACACAAGAACGCACGCACACACGCACCGGGUCACCGACGGCUGGGUCGGUGAGCCACAAAACCGGGAGCCGAGUCACCUGUUGCAAAAUGGAACGGCGAAUUCUCACGCAAAGCCGCCCCAACUAAACAUGUAUGUACGUGUGUCGAAUUUAUUUCACGGCGGAUAUUUGCGAAUAUUGGCGCAGAGAAACUGCACGCGAGCUCUACCGUGACUCACAACUUGACCGUACACGCACGCACACACACCGGCCCAGCGAUCGUAGCUGCCAUGCCGAAGUUUUGCGCAGCCUUUCUCAUUAGCGAGCAAGUGCUGUCUACUCGUAAUUACGCGCGAGGGACGCCCCGGCCUGGUGCAGCAGCCGGUGGCCUCCCCCAGCUUGGCGGGUUUCCCGUCGCUGUCGUCGUCGUCGUCGUCAUCGUCGUGGUGUUUAUUUGACGGGCGCGCGCCGUCGUUUCGCUAAAGGGACUUGUCGGAGUGCCGGCUCCAAUGCGUCGGAGCGGCGUUAUAUCAUACGUGUCUGAGCGUGCAAUACUUAUCGUUUUAUUCCCACUGAGAUGGGUGGAGUUGUGAAAGCUGGGAGCGCGUGUUCUGUGAGCCGUGCUCUGUGAGCCGUGGCAAUUCUAUCGGGGGCCCGAAUGAGCAGCACUGCCCCCCCUCCCAACACCCAGUGUGCCCCCCCCCCGCCCCAUUUAGAGUCAGAUCCUUGACGAUGUUGCCGCCGCCACCACCACCACAGACGUCUCAUCCCCCUUGCAGUGGAGUUUGCCCCAAAACCCCAUAUCAGGUGGUUACUCGCCCCCAUUGCCCCCAUUACUGGGUCCUAGAAUUGCCACUGCGCAUGAGGAAGUGGAGCUGUCAUGUACAGGAGGCUAAGUGGGAUGGACGCAGCACUAUACUAUAGACGAUGCUACUCGCGCGUGAACAUGUCUGUCCCUCUGACGUGUAGCGAUGUACAUAAGGUUCAGUUGGAAACGCGGAUAAAGGGCCACGUUCAUGCGGAGGGGAUCCGUAACGUGGACUUUUAGCGUCGGCACGACGUUAAAAGUCCACGGGGCCCCGGGGGCGGUGAGAUGUUGGUGUAGAGGGAUUCGUUCGGGAGAUACGGACAGUGGCAGAGACAGGGAGGAGGGGGAGACAGACGAGUAGGGAGACAGGCGAGUAGGGAGAUGCAGGCAGGGACUAAGCACGACAGGAGCAGGGGACCAAUGGAUGAGUUUAUAAUAACAACUCGUGAGUUAUGACGUAUUGGUUCACGCCGUGUCGCCAUCAGCCUUGAUUUGAACAGAACCAGCCGGAUCCCAACUCUUGACUUGAAGGAAAAGUCUGCUCCCUUUCACGUCAUUCCUGACCCACGGUCGUGCCCAGAGCGCCCUGGGAUCCCGUUCGUCCUCGCUCCGCGCUCCGUGCCCGAGCUCGGAACGAGCCCCCACAAUGCAGGCGGUGCCGUCUCUCGCUUUGGGCAUGAUAGCACAACCCCCGCCGCCAGGGUCUGGUUUUUAGAUGUUUAUGGUUUUAACGGUUUGGUAGCAGUGGGCAAGUGGCUGUUGCGUUAAAGCAAAACUUUUAAGUGCAAUGAUCGGUCCUUAAAAAUGAGAUUUGCGGCGCGAAUACAAAGAGUUCAAGUUAGCGUUUAGACUCGGGGGAACAAUGGUAAUAAUAAUUGUUAUUGUUGUUGUGAUCAUCGUCAUAUCUCGAGGGAGAUGCUCGAUCUAAAUGGGUUUGUGGAUCGCAUGCGUGGUCGUCCGUUUGAUGUGCGACGUUGGAGCGGAUGGUUCAUUGGUCGUGUGGGAGAGAAAUGUCGAUUGACGUGAUCGGCAGAUGACUUGUAAGUGAACGAAUUUUGUGC